AAGGCGACGACGAUGCUGGGCGACGGGGUGCGACUCGUGCUGGUGGCAGUCGGUUGAGGACGAAAGCUCGAAUCGUGUAAGCUGAAAAUAAUUCGAACGAUUUUGAUUAUCAUUGAGAAGGAGCUGAGCUGUAAAUCUGAUCCAAUCGCAAUCGUGUACUCUGAUCAUGGAAUCGAACAAGAAAGAACAACAGGGAUACCCUAUGCGGCGCGAACGAAGUUUUCACGUGCAUCCGAGUAGAGCGGAGGCGGCCGGUUUUGCGGCUUUGCGGCGCGAGAGGAGCUUCGCAAACCCGGCGCCUCCGUUUCACGUGCCGUUCGGGCGCGCCGCCCUGUACAGCCCCUACAUAGACUGGGAUCUGGAGGAGGCGCUCUACUGGGAGGAACUGGAAUACGAAUACAUGCUGAUGGGUGGCCGCGACCCGAGACGACGCAGCGGGAUGCCAGCCAUGAGGGGCAAGCCGGCCAUGGAGCUCUACCGACCUCCCACGAUGCGAUCCCCCGGCUUCGUGGCGGCCUGCCCGGCCGUGAACGGCUUCAACGGCUCACCGGAGGCGGCGCUGGCCGCCGCCGCCGCCCCGACGGCCGCCCCGGCUCCGCUCAACAUCAACGCCAAGGAGUUUCAGCCGGUGAGCGCUGCGGCCGGCGGCGGCGACGGCGGCGGCUCGCCCUCCAAGCAGCCGCCGCCCCUGCUGCGCUCCAAGAGCUCCAAAGACGCCCGAUCGCUGAAGAGCAAUAAGGCGAUCGUUCCGGGCUCCCUGGUGCGCUCAAAGAGCUCCAAGGACGGACGAAUCUUCAAGGUCAGCGGCCGAAGCUCAGUGACGUUCCGUUCGGGCGGCGCCGGCGACGCUCCCGCCCCCAGCGACGACGCGACGAACCACGACAAACGAACGGCCGAGCCGGCCGCUGCGGCCGUCACCGUGCCGCCGGUGCCGGGCGGCCUGAAGCGCUCGCGCAGCCUGGGCGCCGAGCUGCUGCCGGCGCCGGCCGGCCGGCCCGAGCCGGUGGCCGGCGCGGCGGCCGCGCUCGGCCACUUCAGCCCCGACGUGCAGGCGCUGCUGGCGCAGGCGGUGCAGGAGCCGGGCCGGCUGACCGGCCGCCAGACGAUGGACCUGGUGCGGCACGUGUUCACGCGGCUGGUGGAGGCCGCCCGGUACGGGGAGCCGGCGGCGCGACUCUGUCUGGCUAUUAUCGAGAGGGAGCGCACCGAGACCUUCCUCGAGACGCUGCUCAACACGUGCCAGGAGUGGUACCAGCAGCGCGACCGGCUGCUGCGGCCCCACCAGAGCACGUUCGGCAACGGCUUCGUACCGGCCUCGCCGCGAUGGAUCGCCUUCAUCACAUUCGUCAACGAACUCUACGCACUGCUGAAGAGGCGCCAGGUGGCCACGGGCUCCCGGCCGCGUGCCGGCUCCGCCGUCCAGAUUCUGCUCGAGCUGCUGGCUGAGAGCUGUCAGGUGACACUGCGCGCGCCCAGUGUCAACAGUCUGGCAGAGACCGAGUGCGUGUUCCUGAUCCUGACGUCGAUCGGCCGCGACCUGGAGCAGGAGUCUCCGGCGCAGCUGGAGCGGAUCAUGGCCGCCGUGCGCGACGCGCUCAUCAACUGUUCGCUCAUCUCGGCAGUCAGCAAAACGCUCCUGCAGCUGGUGGAGCUGCAGGCGGCGCGCUGGCAGCUGCCGGCCAACACCGUCAUGUACUACUACCCCAUGUCCGCCAAGUGAUGCGACGCGUCCGUCCGACCCGCGGCGUGGCGGCGGCCGGCGGGACGACUGCGACCUCCGCCGGCCGCCGGCCGCGCCCGGGUCGCUCAGUGACGCGCCGUGCUGUUCUGUUGUUCUGAGCCGUUCUCUCUCUCCCCGCGCGAACGUGAGUGACGCUCUCGACUGAGGGAGUCACGGAGGGAGGUGUUGCUGGUUGUUUGGUGGCCCGGUGGCGCCGUGCCCAGGCGGCCGCCGGUCAGAGAUCUGUUGCGAUUCGUUCGCUCUGUUGCAAGUUGAAUUACUGUAUUUAUGACGAGUGGUUGAUUGAUGAUACGAGCGCCAGCGGUUGGCUGGCGUCUAUGGCGCGGCGGUGGCGUUCUCGGCGCACUGGCGGGUAAUGUGGCGCAGGGAACUGUCGACCGCGCGGGACGCGACUCUAGUCUGUUGGAAAUACACUGUUUCUGACGAA